AUGCGGCCCGCGGGGCGCCUGGUGACCAUCAAGAGGAGCGGGGCGGACGGAGCCCACUUCCCGCUGAGCCUCAGUAGCUGCUUGUUCGGAAGGUAUGAAGAUGAAAGUCGACAGAAUGGCAGCAAGUCAACUGAAAGUCCUGGGAGGACUCGUGAACAGGGACCAGCGCGGCGUGCCUCRAGAGCUGGCUCUUCAGCUGACCCUGACAAGAGUGAGGACUUGUCCUUGAAGAGAAGGCGCGUGUCCUUUGGUGGUCGUCUAAGACCUGAAUUAUUUGAUGAAAACUUACCUCCUAAUACCCCUCUCAAGAAAGGGGAGACACCAGCCAAGAGGAAGUCUCUUGCAGCUCACAGUCCAGCUGUCCUGAAGAAGAUCAUCAAGGAACAGCCUGCGUCACUAGGAACAGAGUCUUCAGGAGUCUGCUGGGAAGUAAAAGCACAGAGUGUGUCUACAGGGUUCCUAGCUGCUAGUCCCAGAAUAACUGCAGCAGGGCCAGGUGAUGAAAGACGCAGAUCAGGCAAGGCCUCAGCUACCUCUGGUGGCAACAAGUCCCCUCAAGACACUCCUAAGAAAGCUGGGAGGAAGAGUGGCCAACUGUCUUCAAAGAGGACUUCUAUUAGCCGAAGCCAACAUGGCAUUUUGCAGAUGAUUUGUUCCAAAAGGAGAAGCGGUGCUUCUGAGGCCAACCUCAUUGUUGCAAAAUCGUGGGCAGAUGUAGUUAAACUCGGUGCAAAGCAAACACAAACAAAAGUUGUGAAGCAUGGCCCCCAGAGGCAGGUGAACAGAAGACAGAGAAGACCCAACACUCCCAAGAAGCCCACAGGCCCCGUUCACCAUCAGUUUAGCACGGGCCAUGCAAACUCUCCUUGUACCAUAAUAAUAGGGAAGGCUCAGAUUGARAAAGUGACCGCGCCUGCUCGGCCCUACAGGAUGCUGAACAACUUGGUCUUCAGUCAGAAAAUGGACUAUAAUGAAGACCUUUCAGGGCUCACUGAAAUGUUCAAGACCCCAGUGAAGGAGACAACUCGAAGGACAACCACGUCUCCCAGCACUCUUUCCAGUUCAGAGAAAUCGCUUGGAGAAAAGCCUCAAGUAACUAACUCCGGAGGAAAACCUCUGCCCCUCACUUUGGAGAUUCCGGGAUCAAGUGUGCUCUCYGGUACACAGAAAACAGCAGAACCAUCUGAGACGUGUUUUGCAAGCCCAUCCUUAAGACGGCAGAGUAUUAGAAAAGAUGGAAACACAGAGAAAGCUCCYAGGAACAUCAGUACAAUGACUCAUUUGGAGAUGAGAACUCGGRGGUUUUCACCAGAGCCUCUGAAGACGGUGUCCAGUGCCAACAAGCUCAGAAGAUCCGUGGAGCUCAGAAACGCAGAGGUGCCCCGGGUGGAGAGCAAGACCGAAGCAGGAGCAGACGCUGCCCGGGCCCUCCCAGGAAGACGCCUGAGGGAGACGCCCCGGGGAGGACAGGCGGGGGGCCGAGAGGAAAGUGCCCAGUCAGAAGGAAAGGGUGGCAGGGUGACAGAUGGAAGGAGAUCGAGAACUGGGGGCCUGAAGAGUGAACCCACAGCCAGCCUCACAGACCCGGAGAAGACACUCAACGUGGAACCCUGGGAAGACCCGUCGGGUAGCCAGCGGCUGCCCCGAACACCAGGGGGCACCCAGGAAACAGUGAACGAGGAGGAGGAAGCCACUAAACUGCCCUGUGGAACUCCUCUGCCCAGUCCAGCAACUCCCACCGCCAGUGGGAAGAGACGGCGCAAGAGAUCUCUGGGAAAGGUGGAUGUACAGGAGGAGGCCUCUGCGCUGAGGAAGCGCGCCCACCUGCCAACGGAAGCCACGCACUCCCAUGCAGCGCCAGGAGGAGAUGAGGAAAGCACUGGGGUGUCGAGGGGAACUCCAGAGCAGAAGGAGGACUCAGUGGUGUAUGGAACUGGAGACCUGUGGGAACCUCAACAAGCACAAAAACACAAGUCAACACGCUGCAAGGAAGAGUAG